UUGUUUGUUGUUGUUUGAUGUGUGAAGUGCGUUUCUUAUAAGGUGUUAUAGUGUGUGUUUUUCUCAGUAAGGAGCUUUGAAUGACAAAAUUGCCACGAUCGAGUAACAAUCUUCAAAAAACGUGUGCAAAAAAACAUUGGCAAAUCAGGAAGAACAUUGGGGAAAAUGUGGAAAAAUGCGAUUCAAUGCCGCAUCCAUCUAACCUCAACAGUAUUGCAACUGCGAAUUCUUCUCAGAAGAAAUUACUGGAUGCGAACAGUAAUUAUGAAGAAAUAGUGACGGGUAGUGAACAAUACGAAAUCACAGAUAUGUCGAUAUUAUCCGCUAUUAUAAAAGAAAUUGUUCUGCAAAUAAUGUGCCUCAAGAUAGUUAGAUUUAAAUGUAAACAAGGGCUUGCUACAGUUAUGAAAAUAAAUAUCAACCUUUCUACUGAAGAUUUUGCUAUGACGAGCAUGAAGGAAGCAGCAGAAUAAUCAUUGUGUAUAAACAAGAAUGAUAUGGACAUUAGGGCAGGGCAUUGAGAGAAAAUAGAAACGCAAAAUGAAGUUGAUGCUGAUGGCCCAAGCUUCAGUACUGGAUUAUUUUGAUUGGUCAACUUUGAAGCUGUAUUCUCAUGGAUUGGUUCUUCUAUCGUUUGUUCAUCGUGUAGCUACUCCUUACUUUACAACCGCGCCGUCGGAACUCUCGGGCCGGGGAAAAGUUUCUGCGGAUGAUGGGCAAUUAGACGGGAUGUUCUUGGAAUCUGUCUUGGAGUUUUCUACUGAAAUGAACUGA